AUGGAACAGAACUUUACUAUGCGGCCGUGCGCCACGGACUUUUCGGUGGCCGCCAUUCUGGCGCGACGCGACCAGGGUGCCGUGGCCGCGGCUGCUGCCGUAGCGGCGGCCGCUGCGAUGGCGGGAAAACGACCUACCGCAGCAACGGCGACGGCCACCGCAGACGAACAGUCGUCCUCGUCCUCGUUGUCCACACCAUCGCCGCCGGAUGAUGGUGACGACCGGGACCAACGCCGUCACCACAUGCAUCACCACCAUCACAACCACCACCGCCGUCGUCACCAUCAAACCGUUGCCGCCGCCGCCACUGACGACGACGAAGACGGAAAACCGCUGAGGAAAAGGCGCCUGAGCAGUGACACGAUGGGCACAGUCCGGUCGUCCCGAGCCUCGCCGGCCGACGAGAUUGUCAUAUCGUCGUCUACGUCAAGCCCGCCGCCGCAGUCGAUUGCGGCGACCACUGGCUCCUCGGAUCCUGUGCUCGAGGAACGGUGCAACUCGGAAGAGCUGCAGCACGUCAGCUGUCGGCUGGAGACCAAAGACCUGUGGGACAAGUUCAACGAGCUCGGCACUGAGAUGAUCAUCACGAAAACGGGCAGGAGGAUGUUCCCAACCGUCCGGGUGUCGUUCACGGGGUUGAGGACAGACCAACGGUACGCGGUGCUCAUGGACAUCGUACCGGUGGACAACAAGCGGUACCGUUAUGCGUACCACCGGUCUUCGUGGCUGGUGGCCGGCAAGGCGGACCCGCCUGCCCCACACAGGCUGUACACGCACCCUGACUCGCCGUUCACGGGAGAUCAGCUGCGCAAGCAGGUCGUGUCCUUCGAGAAGGUCAAACUCACCAAUAACGAGAUGGACAAGCAUGGACACUUGGUGUUGAACUCGAUGCACAAGUAUCAGCCGCGCAUACACCUGGUGAAGAGAAACAGCGAGUUGACAGCCGGACAUUCCGUCGUGGACUUGGAAGCCGAAGAGUACAAGACGUUCGUGUACCCGGAAACGACGUUCACGGCCGUCACCGCGUACCAGAACCAAUUGAUAACCAAAUUGAAAAUCGACAGCAAUCCUUUUGCCAAAGGUUUCCGGGAUUCGUCGAGGCUGACCGAAUUUGAAAGGGAAACGAUGGAGUCGAUGUUGAGCGAGCACCACAUGCUCAGAACACCAUUGUUGGACCCGGGCGGCGGUCUCAGCCAGCUGACGGCCGAAGAACGGGCUGUGCUGGCAGCCAGGUCUCAGCUGUUCCUGCGAGCGGCAGCGGCCGCGGCCGCCGUGAGUGGCCCUUACGGUCCGCUGUGCGGCAUAUACAACGCGGCCGCUGCGGCCGGCGGCCAACACCUGUGGAACCAGUGGGCAUCGAUGCAGAGCCCGGCUGGCCUUUACCAGCAGUUGGCCGCGGCCGGGGGCGGAGGUCCCACGGCCAUGGCGGCCGCCGCCGCUGCAGCUGCCGCAGCUCAGCAACAGCACCACCACCAUCAACAGCAGCAACAACAACAGCACCAUCACCAACAACAACAACAACAACACCACCAGAAUUUGUACCAACAACACCAGGCGGCGGCGGCUGCAGCGAACGGAUUCAGAUUUUCGCCGUACUUGGUGACGCCGCCGCAAAUGUCAGUGGUAGCGGCCGCGGCCAGAUCACCGUCGCCGUCCUCGCCCGACACGGCCUGUUCGUCGGACCGUUCACCUCACGGCGGCGGCCACCGGACGACGCCACAUUAA